GAGUAUAAUACUGUGUGCGCACAGUUGCAGUUGCCUUUAGCAGCCACACAACAAAAUUAUGAAAAACUAUUUUAUCAUUUUUGUUUUUGUAUUUAUAACAAACGCUGACAACCCAUUCCUGGAUUUGGGGUAUUUCGAAGCGCGUGUUCGGCUCGGCGACUCCUUCACCCAGAAGUAUGAGCCACUAGAUGCCACGGACUUGACUUACAGUGACAAUUCUCUGAAAAUAGCGAAGAACAUCUUAAAAGACCCCGAUAUUGAGCCACUCAUCGAACCUUUCAUGCUGGACAGAUUUCCGCCGAUCCAUAUCAAGUCUAUUCUCUUAAGUGAGCCCAUCAACAUGAAGAACAUAUAUAUCAAAGGCAUCAGUAGAAUGCAUAUCGACAAUUUGCAGAUCCGGAUGAACCAGGGCACCACUGACUCUUAUAGAUCAGAUGUUGCCAUAUCUAUACCACGUAUUGACGCUUCAGGUGAAGUGAACUCUGCAUCGAACUUUCUAUUUAUCAGAGUUCCUAUCAAUGGAACUAUAAAAUUAGUUCUACAUAAUUUGAAAUUCAACGUAAUAUUACAAUCGAAGCCAGUUAUGAUCGGCAACUAUGAAUCUUACCAGUAUGACGCUGUCGACAUCGUGACCACGAUUGACAACGUUGAGCUACAAUUGAAUAUUAAAGGUUUACCAAAUAUAAUAGAGAAGCAUUUGAUACUGGUACUUAAGAAGUACAAGAAGGAUCUUGGGAAGACGAUUACAAAGAUUGUCGUCGAACAGAUCAACAAGCGUAUAGCUAGGUUCAGCAAAAAGGAGAUACUAGACGUAGCGGCUGGUAAAACGAAUUACGCAACUGUUGUAGAUAUGGUUAAGGUGACCCUUGGACCCAACCCACCAGAGAUGUGAAUGUUCCCACCUUAGGAAUGUUCACGGCAGUAAAAAGGCGCAAAACUUUAUGUAAGAAGGUCUUUAUUACUUAACCUCUAGGCAGAUAAGACCAGAUACAAGAAAUAACAAUUUGAAAAACAAAAGCAGCUAGUGU